UUUGCGGCCAGAGCGGCCGGAAAGGCACCCUGUGGACGUCUCUGCUCCCCCCUCGGUGUCCCUCACUGCUCGAGGAAGGUUCUGGAAGUUCGGGGUCGCGGAGCUAGCUGUGAGGACGUGGUGAUCAGACUUCCCAAGAUCCAAUCUUGACCUAGCCGGAUUGUGGCACCAUUAGAAGCUGGGUUGAUCCAAAGACAGGCAGAUGGCUGAAAGUGGUGGAAAAGAAAAAAUAAAAUGGACAACUACAGUUAUUAUUAGCUCAUCGCUUAAGAGUUAUGAAAUUGCAACUGCUUUUGAAAAUCGCAGCCACAAGGUUCGAUAUUCAGAUUCUGUGGAAAAUGGAUCAAUUAUAUUUUCUCUUUCUGGUGUUGCCUUUUUAUUGAUGGAUGCUAAAGAAUGCCUUAUGUCAGCUGAAGAAAUAUUUCUAGCUAAAAUUGAGAAGUUUAUAAACAUUCACCAAAAUAGUUUUUUGGUUCUAUCUGCUGCCCUCCAUGGGCCAGAGGAAUGGAAGUUGAUGUUCAGGAUUCAGCAAAGAUUCCUGGGUAGUAAUUUACGGAUACUUCCAGUACACAAUACAGUAAAUGCUAUUAAUCUGAUGUGCACUAUAGCUAAGACGACCUCCAAACCAUACAUAGAUAGCAUCUGCUACAGAAUGAUGACAACUAAAGCUUACAUCACUGAGCAAAGUACUGUUUGGAAAACACUUCAGAAAUUAAAACUUGGUAGUGAUUCAUUUACCUCAAAUUAGAGUGUCAAUUAUAAAUGUUCUUUUGGAAGAAUAUUAAAAUAAACCAACCUGUUAAAUGUUCAAA